AUGGUGGCCUCGGCCCUGUACGCCUGCACCAACUGUACCCAGUGCUAUCCGUUCGAGGAGCUCUCCCAGGGCCAGCAGCUCUGCAAGGAAUGUCGGAUUGCGCAUCCUAUUGUAAAAUGUACUUACUGCAGAUCAGAAUUUCAACAAGAGAGCAAAACUAAUACACUUUGCAAGAAGUGUGCUCAAAAUGUGAAGCAAUUUGGCACUCCUAAGCCUUGUCAGUACUGUAACAUAAUUGCAGCAUUUAUUGGUACAAAGUGUCAGCGUUGCACAAAUUCAGAAAAAAAAUAUGGACCACCUCAGACCUGUGAACAGUGCAAACAACAAUGUGCUUUUGAUUGGAAGAAGGAGGGAAGAAGAAAGGUUGAUGGAAAAUUAUUGUGCUGGCUCUGUACUUUAUCAUACAAGAGAGUCUUACAGAAAACAAAGGAGCAGAGGAAGAGCUUGGGAUCUUCACAUUCAAAUUCAUCUUCUUCAUCUCUUACUGAGAAAGACCAGCAUCAUUCAAAACAUCAUCACCACCAUCAUCACCAUCACCAUCGUCACAGCAGUAGCCAUCACAAAAUCAGCAAUCUGAGUCCAGAACAAGAGCAGGGACUGUGGAAACAGAGCCAUAAAUCCACUGCAGCAAUUCAGAAUGAAACUCCAAAGAAAAAGCCCAGAUUGGAAUCUAAGCCAUCUAAUGGAGAUAGUAGCUUUAUAAAUCAGUCAGCAGAUAGUGGGGGAACAGACAAUUUUGUCCUUAUAAGUCAACUGAAAGAAGAAGUGAUGUCACUUAAACGUCUCUUACAGCAGAGAGACCAGACCAUUUUAGAAAAAGAUUAAAAGUUAACUGAACUAAAAGCAGACUUCCAGUACCAAGAGUCAAACUUGAGAACAAAGAUGAACAGUAUGGAAAAAGCUCACAAAGAAACUGUGGAACUUCAGGCCAAAAACAGAGAACUACUAAAGCAGGUUGCAGCAUUGUCAAAGGGUAAAAAGUUUGACAAAAGUGGAAGAUACUAA